AUGGCACUAUUACCAAUUUACAUUCAAAAAGAAAUAAUUCAAAUUUAUUGUCUACAUUAUUUUAAUGUAAAGAAAAUAUUAAAUCAUAAAGAGAAAAGAAGAUAUAAUAAAAUUUUAGUUAAUUUAUCAUUAGUUUGUUGGUCAUAUCAUCAAACUUUAUCAAAUUAUUUAUAUUGUAUUCAAGAUUUUAAUUUUGAACCAUGGGGUGAAUCAUUUUUUCCACCACCACCAUUAACAACCAAAACAGUGUAUAUCAGUACAAGUAAAUAUUCAAUUUAUAAAUUUGAAAAUAUAACAACAUUGAAAUUACAUCAUCGUGAAUACAGAUAUAAACAAGAGAAUGCUGAAGCAAUGAUAAGUCAUGUAAAUUUAUUAAUUUCAAAAUUUACAAAUUUACAAAAUGUUUCAAUUGAUAUUGAACAUAAUAAUGUAUCAAAUGCACUUAAUAGCUUAGAGUUUGUAAAUAAAUUGAAAUUACCACCAUCAACCACUAUUGAAAUUCGUAAAAUUAGUUGUCAAUAUAUGAAGAAAAUUACAAAUCCAAAUUUAAAAUUUAUAAAUAAUGUUUUAAUUAAUCAAAGUAAACCAUUUUUAAGGAAAAUUAAUCACUUAGAAAAUUAUUAUAAUGAUAAUAAUAAAAAAUUAAUAAUUAGAGGUAUUAAAGCUCAAAAAUAUCCAAAUGUAACAGAUGAAUAUUAUUUAGAUUUAGAAAUGGAUAUUAAUUCAAAUGGUAUUUCAAAUACAUGCACAUAUGUUAGUCCAUCACAUGAAAGAUUCAGUUUUACUUGGAGUUUAUUUUUAAACAAUUUCUCAAAUCAUAAAAUUUUCUCAAAUUUAACAUCAAUUAGAGCCAAACAUUUAGAUAUACCAAAUCUAUUAAGACUACUUGAAAAUUUCCCAUUACUUAAUGAAAUUUCAAUUUCAGUUUGUUAUUCAGAUAUUAAAAAUAAUCUUAAAUUAUCUGAACCAACAUCACCACCACCAACAGAUGAUUUACCUUCAACAAAAUGUCUUUGUUCAAUUUACAAUUCACGAGAAUGCGAUGAAAUUGAGUUUAAUUCAAUUUGGAAAUCACUAAUUGAAUCAUUAAGAAAUCAUAAAAAUUUAAAAUCAUUAUCAGUUAAAAAUGAAUGUUUAAGUGAUAACAUUAGAUCUUAUUUAGAUGAUAUUAAAUAUAAUUUGGAAUUACCAAUUUUUUUAAAUCAAUUACUUAAUAAAUUACCAGAAUCUGUGAAAUAUUUAGAAAUUCAUAAUCCAGAAGAUUGGUUAAUUCUUAAAGGAAUAGUAGAUUCAAAUCCGUAUAUUUCUCAUUACACAAUUAUUCAACAUGAAUGGUUAACCACAAAUCAAUUUCAAGAACUUUGUAUUAAUAAUUCAAAUAUUUUAUCAAUGAAAGUUUUCCAAAAACAUGAUAAAGAAAAUCAAAUCUUUUCAUACCAAAAAUAA